AUGGCAUCAUUGGCAACCAAUUUCACCGCCUUUCUCUUCCUUUUCCCAGCUGGCCUUCGCCGUCUCCUUUGUUCUUCUUCUCUUUAUCUUAAAAACCCUUCUCUUUUCAGAUCAAAACUAUGGUAUUUCUCUGACCAAAGACACAAAAAUCUUGAUCUUUAUUUCCUAAUUAUCUCCCUCCCCAUUGCAUCCUUUAGCGAGUUAUUCUUUUUCUUGACAUUCUCAGGCCACCCCACUUUCAGAUUCUCCUUCUUUAUGCAAUCAGCUUCACUUUUUCUCUUCUGGGUACUCAUCAUUAUCAUUGUUUUUCGUGAAACUUACGACGCUUUUAUCGUUAACGAGAGUUUUGCGUUUCUUUUUGUGGGAAUUUCCUUUCUUGUGGAAUAUUCCGUGGUUGGGAAAGGAAUUGUAGGCCUUGGUGGGGAGGCUUAUAAUUUGUUAGGCGAAUUGACUCUUAUUUGCGCCGGUGCUUGUUUUGUUUUGUCUAUUAGGCCAACUGCAUUUUUUGCCGAGUUUUUCUUGUCUUGUGGGUUGAUUUUUAAAGGGACUUGGUUGUUACAAACUGGGUUCUCUUUGUACACUGAUACAUUUGCUUUCAAAGGGUGUCAGAAGAUUUCUCUCUCUACUGCUAGUGAUUUUAUUGAUAGUAAAUGUAAUCUCGAGGAGGAUGGUUUAAGGGGAGUGGCAUUGAUUAAUCUGUUGUUUGUUGCGCAUGCAAUUGUGGUGUUUAUUGGAAGCUUUGUGUUGUUCGGGUUGUUGUCAAGUCAUAAGAAUUUGAGGCAUGGUGAGGCAAGCGGGCCGUUGCUAGCGCAGCUUGAAUCUGAUAGCUCGUUGAUGCGUCCUGUUCCUGAAUUUGAGCUGGAAUGA